CAGCAGCGGUGGCGCGUCGUGCCGUGGCCAGUGGGCGUGCCGCUGCCGCCGGGGGCCGAGGUGGUGGGCCAGUGGCCGCCCCCGGGCCAGGCCCCCGCCGACGAGGGCAGCGCGCAGUGGCUGGCCGACGGCGACGCCGAAGACCCCCAGAGACGCAACGACAAGGCGCUCGCCUACUUCCAACUCUUCCAGCCCUACCUGGGCUACGGCGAGGACGAAAUAGAAGGAGACCCCGACUCCGGGCUGGAGGCGUUCUCGCGCGCCGGCGGCCUGCGGCUGCCCGUGGGCGGCGCCUCGACGCGCCGCAAGCCGUUCCCCGACUCGCCCGUCUACUACAUCCGCAUGCCCGCCGCGCCCUACGUCUUCGUGCCGGGCCUGGGCUACGUCAGCCAACCGCCCCCGCCGCCGCCGCCGCCCCCGCGACGCGCCGCCACUUACAACCCCUUCAUCAACGUGCCCGUCGAGUUCGUCUCCAACGGCAAGCCGACCGGCGUCUACCGCUGGCAAGGUCGUCCGGCUUCCACUACGACGACCCCCAAACCGGCGCUGCAGCAGUCGGCCGUGAACACCCUCGACAAAGGGCCUUACGUCUUCAACGGCAAGCCGUCGCGCGUGCACGUGCUCCGCGACCAGUACAACGUGCUGUACGCCGACGCUCUGCAGAACUUCUACCCCUAGGCUCCCUAGCUCGCGAGCCGAGGCGUUCCGUAGUGCUGCUCUAUGAAUGGACAGUGUGCAUGGAGAGCUAGCUUUGACUUGAAUGAGAGGAAUCUGAGCAUGAGAAGAUCAAGCUUGAUCGUUUCGUAAACAUAUCGAACUGCAUCUUUACCUUGUCUUAUCUCGACGUGUAUUCGAGUAGCACGGAAAACAAGACAUCAGUUCUUCCCCAAAACUGUUCCCCAUUUUUUAAAGUUAUAGAAACACAACCUCACUAAAAAAAAAAGAAAACAGCACAGGCCUACUUUUCAUAUGCAAAACAGAAUUAUCAACAAAAAUGUGGAUUCGUUGUCUGUCAUCCAAAAUCUCUGAAAAAACGAAAAAAAGCGACCUAAACACACAACCUACUGCCCACAACGUCACUGAAAAAAAAAAUAUAAUCUCAACAGAGUUCCAGGAAAAAUCCUUAUUUCACUAUAUUCUAGCGUCAUGCCGCCUUACAGCCACAACACACACACACACACUAUAUAUUAAAAAUUUUCGCCUGCUUGUUUCCUUCAUACACUAUUCAGGACAUCUCACAAGACUGGACUUCGUUUUCUGUCAUUGUCAACUUCGUGUUAUCAGGAUUUUGUUUUCUUUCAGUGGCUAGUUUAGCUAUUCCUUUGUUGUCUUAUCAAGCACAAUAUCACUUCCGUCUUCCACGUGUCUUCAGUGCUCAAAGUUAUGUGUCUAGCUGUUAGAUCAAAGCCUAGUAGCUAAGUUUAUUUAAUAUUUAUAUCAGUAACUUAUGAAUAUGAAGU